AUGUCGGGAAAAAAGGACAUAAAGAUAAAACGUCAAAUAGUCGACGAUGACUUUGCUUUUGAAUCUCAAAGGCUACCACUUAAUAGAAUCGAAGUAAAGAAGGAAAAACAACAAAUCAAAGAAUCAACAGAACUCAACGAAGCAGUUUCAACUGUCUCACGAAUAUUAGAAAGUGUUUUAUCAAACUGUACAUUCGUUGAGUCGGAUAUCUUAGAAUGUGUAGCUGUAUUCCUGAGGUCAGACAAGCAAACAUCUGAUGAACUUGUGAGAGUACUGUCUGGUGGUCUAGGAAAACUCAUUGCUCAUGAAAACGCCAGAUUCGAAAGUAUCGAAUCAUUAUUCUACUUCUUAUCAAAAAUUGCAAUCAAAUGUCAUCUUAACGGAUGUGAACUGCCUUUGUGUGUUAUUCGUCAAGAAGUAGAUGGAUUCUCACGAAGUAAUAAUGCGUUCGCAAGGUGUAGAGCAUGUAUGCUGCUUUCUUUCGUUUUCCGUGCACGAUCAGAUGAAAUCGAUAACAAUGAAAACGAGGACACGGAUAACUUCCGCGAUUCAUGUUUACCUUCUUCAUUGACAAUACAAUGGGCUGCCUUAUUGUGUACGAGAAGACUGGAUAAGGAUCCAAAAGUACGAAAAGCAGCCCUGAUGGCCAUAUCAGACCUACCUUGUCGACAGUUCUAUGAUUCGAAGGGAAACUUAGUUAAUUCUCGAACAAUCAUUCUCGGCUCUUUACGGGAUGAGUCUAUAAUAGUGAGAGAAACAGCCAUCAAAUUGGCUCCGCUUGCCACGUUCAGCGAUAUCGAUGAUUGCUUACAGUAUCUACUUCAAGAAGACACCAUAUCAGGUCAAUUACUGAUGGCUGGCAAAAUCGCUAAAUCUGUCCAUCUCCAUUCCUAUAAAAAUAGUCAAAUUGAAACUUUCUUGAAGUUUCUAUUCCAGUCAGAUGAUUCAUCGAUGAGAGGGUUGGCUGCUAGACAAUUGGUACCAUUUUGGCUCAUCUCAUUGAAAGAAGACUGGGAUUUCGAAACCACUUUUGGUGCCACUCUAUGCACGAAUACGGAUCUGGUUGCUUAUCCAACUAGCUUGCUUGACUACUUGGACGUCCUGAAGAACGAAGACGUUUGUGUCAACUUGAUGAUGGUAUCCUUCUCUCAUUUCAUGGAUUCUGCUCUCGGAGAUAAAGAAGACGGAGUAGGGUUCAUAAAUUUUUUGAGAGAUAUCGAUGGUGAAUAUCGGGAAAACUAUCGAAUUCAUGAUAAAGACAGUUUGGCGGAAACCAUCAAGAACUGUGAGAAAGAUCUCUACUACGAUCUAUUUACUCACCGCUGUUUGGUACAAUUCAUUUUCAACACUUACCGUUUUCCACAUUUAUCUGGGCCAAGAGAUAUUGCUCUAUCCCGCCUACUGCCAACUUUAAAAAGUCUUUCAGAUUUACUACUUGAGUUCCUGAAAACAGGAGAAAUCUUGAAAUGGUCGAAUCGCAAGUUUUUCUGUAUUCGUCAAAUCUGUGCUAUGAUUAGAUGCCUGGAUCACACGUGCUCAGUUGGAAGGCAAGCGUGGAGAGAAGCUUUAUAUUACAUGAUAUCAGAACCAUCAUUCACAAAGUGUCCUGAAAUUGUGGAGUUCGGGGUUCAUGAAGUUCUGGAGUAUCUAGUAAGAGGUGGAGCUGAAAUAGAGGAAUUCAGCAGUUGGUUAUGCUAUUCCAUAUUUGAAUUGAUCCCCAGUGAAGGUACCAUUGGAGAAUUUGAUUUGUUUCAUCGAUGUGGUGUCAUGCUCAACAGCGUUCUUCAUUACGCCGCUAUAGAAAAAGUGGAUCCUCUGAUGAAAAAUGCAUUCAUAAAGAUAAUAAAGAAUAUUUCUCUCUCGACCAAUAUCACCCAUAGAACACUUGGGUGUAGUCUCAUUGGACUUGUAUGCACUAUGGACGACUUCUUAUUCCAAAGCUACGUACACCUGCUCCGUCAUAGCAUUGAGAUUGAUGAAGACGAAGUGAAGGCUGCUGCGGUUAUUGCUAUAACAGAUGUGAUAAUAGUCAGGGGUUUUCCUUCUGUAGGGAGGUUCUCCUAUCCUGAAUGCUCACAGUUAGAGGAAGCGAAUGUAACAGAAAAACUCGCGAGUUGUCUCGAAAAGUCUGUCCUGGUCUCGCACAAGAAGUACGAAGCCACUAUAACCGAGAACCUGUUACGAUUGAUGUAUUGUACAUGUUAUAGAUGGCCUAAGCUCAUAGGAACAUUAUUAUAUAAGACCUAUCUAAACUCAAAGACUCCCAUGUCACAAGUCCAUGUGAUCUUCGAAGAGUUCCUGCGACAUUUCAUGCAACGAGGUCCUUCUGCAGGAAUGCAAUUGAUAUCCGGAUUCUUGGCGGCUCUUGACAUUAUCGAUGACAAAGGAAAUUUGAGAUUCUGCUUUGGAUUGAUGACUACAUUCGUACUUUCGCAUUUAGAAGUAUGCCCAUCGAAAACUGCUGGAUUUGAUGGAGAAAGUGAAAUCAGUGUUAGUUUGAUUCUUGUUCUACUCUUUGCAAUACUUGAACGCUUAUCAGAACAUCCAGAGCAGAUGUCAUGCGCAUAUCUUGCUCAUACGGGACUCAGCAUGAUAAAUCUCGCUUCUGUUCAUAUAAGGUACUUGGAGCCUCUUUACCGCCGAGUUUCAGCUGUGUAUUCGAUACUUGAUGAAUGCGGAGAUUGUGAGGACAGAAUACGUGCAGGUGUUCAAAAGUUCAUGAAUUAUAUCAAAAAAACAGCUGGUGAUAAGUGUGUGCUGUUUACCAAAGCACCGAAAAAGGAAGUCUAA